AUGUGGGUGGUAGCUCUCCGACCGUGGGGGCUUCUUGAGGGGCUCCCGGCGUUACUCCGUGGUCGCUACGCGGCUCUCCUUCCGGGUGGUGCGCGAGGCCUGAAUGGCUCGCCGGUCUCUUGCGGCAAGAACCUACUCAAGAAAUUUGCUUCGAAAACCAAAAAGAAGUUUUGGUAUGAAGGUCCUUCCUUGGGCUCUCACUUGAUUUACAAGCCAUCCCAGUUGGAAUUCCUAAUGAAGAGCACCUCAAAGAAGACCAGGAGGGACGAUCACGUGCGCCUGAGGGCACUGAACGGCCUCCUCUACAAAACGCUGACGGAUUUGCUGUGCACCGCUGAAGUGAGCCAAGAGAUCUGUGACCUGAAUGUGCAGCUCUCCAAGGUUUCUCUGACUCCAGACUUCUCCACCUGCCGCGUGUACUGGAAGACCACGGUCUCCGCUGAACAGAACGCGCACACACAGGCCGUCCUGCAGAGGAGUGCUGCACACAUGAGGCACCUUUUGAUGUCCCAGCAGACCCUGAGGAAUGUGCCGCCAAUAGUGUUCAUUCAGGACAAAGGAAAUGCAGCUCUGGCUAAGGUUGAUCGGUUACUGGCCAUUGCCGAUUUUGGACCCCCAGAUGAAAAAGAAGAUUGUGUGCAAGACAACGUCAGGGGCCCCGGGGCCCUGGAUGCUCCUGAACCACGAGGCACCCCAGCCUCUGCCACGUGCUCAAGUCUGUGUGGGAUCGACCACGAGGCGCUCAACAAACAGAUCUUGGAGUACAAGAGGAGGAAAGGGCAAGGGCGUAGGACCGUGAGUCCUGAGGAGGUGCGGCUGACGGCUGAUCUGGCAACGCAAACGAGAGAGGGAAAGGUGGCACCCUGUGCAGAUGGUGACCUCUCCCCCAGGAACCACCUGUUGGGGGCGGCGAGCAGCAACCCCAGCCCUGACCUGGGCGGCGCCCGGGGUGCGGGCAGCAGCCUGAGUAGCAGAGCAGGAGGCGGCGAGCGGCAGAGGCAGGAAGGGGGGAGGUGA